AUGAUCGAAAGUAUAAAUGCAGAUGGCCCAUUAAGCAUCAAUAAAAGUGAUAAUCAAUUCAUUAAUCCAAAGUUAAGAAUGAGUACUGAUGGUAAUUUAAAUGGUUAAAUUUAAAAUCCUUAUCUAGUUUAUUCUAAAAAUAUCGCUAUGAAUAAGUCAGGAGAUAAAUAGUAGUCUGGUAGUCAUGACUUUGCCAAUAUUUAGCAUCGAAAUAAUUAUGAUCAAGCAAGCGCAUAUUAGGAGAUUAGCUAAGUAAAUACUAGCAAUGAUGGAAAUAGAUUUUCCAAUCAGCCUCAUAGUAAAGCAAACAGUUUAGUCUUAUAAACUUAGCAGUAACUAUUGUAGAAAGCAUAAAAUUAAAAAGGUUAGCAUUAUAAUUCUGAGUAGGUAAGCAAAGCAUAUGAUACAAGCUAUGCAGCAAAAAAUCUAGAUAUGACAUCUGCAUCAAUCUAAAGACACUCUAAUGGAAAUAGGACUUUUAUAAAUACUCUAAUUCAUAAUUAGAAUAAAGACAACCUAUAAGUUGUUCAUCUUGUAAAUAACCAAAUAAGUCAUACUUCAAUUGAUAUGCAGAGAAAGACUCCUGGUCUCAAUUUAAAUACUGAGCUUGUAAGCAAUUAGAUAGUUGGACAUACUCAAGAUGCAGUAAAAAGUAACAAGAGGAAAAUUUCUAAUGGAUUAUUUCAAGAGCAACUUACUCCUCUACCCAUUAUUUAGCCUCAAAACUAAAAUCAAAUGAUGCUAUAAUAGUAUUAUUAACAAUAAUAAAUCUAAGCUUAAAUGCAUUAGCAAUAGUAGCAAUAAUAACAUUAACAAUAAUAGCAAUAGGCUCAAUAAAUGAAUUAGACAUCAAGUUCUAAGAAUGGGAAUCAAAGUCUAAUGUAAUAUGCACUUUAAAGAAAUCACCAGCAAAAAAGUGGAGCGUUGAUCCAGAUAUCAUCAAUGCCAAUAUACCUUGGAAAUCAAAAUCUGUUUAUGUAAAGCUAGAAAAUCCCUGAUUCUCCGUUAAGAAGAAUCCCCCUUCCUGAUUUGAAUUAGCAGCAAUUGCAAACUAAUAGACCAAGUAUCACUAAUGGAGGUUAGUAUUAGUUCUAGUAGUAAUAAGCAUCCAAGUAACUGCCCUAACGUCCAAUUUAAAAUACAUUUAAUGGAAAUCCAACUACUUAGCAUAACAAGAAAUCCUCGUCAUCUGCAUUGAGCCAUUCUCCGUCAGUUAGACCAGUUAAAACUAUCAUAAAUACUAAUAAUAAUAUGGUCAUGAAUUCUGGGAAGGUCUAGUAGGCAAGUUUUAAUGGCAAAGUAGUGUAGGGUAGCUCUUUCAAGUUAUCUUAGAACUCAAAAGUACAAUAGAAUUAGCAAUUUCAUAUCAGUCUAAAAUAGAAUUAGAUUACUAAUGGCUUUUCAUAAGGAAAAACUUUAAUGCCAAAAUUAUUUGACUUCUGUAUGAUUGAGGACAUGUGCAUUAAGAAGCAGUAGUAAAACUAGCGAGAGAUUGAGGAAGCUCUGUAGUAGCUGGAAAGGCAAAAAUAACAAAAAUAAUCUGUUAUGAGUGUACUUAACAAACGUUAAUGA